GAGGCAGGCUUGUGGGGACAGGAACUUUGAGGGUCAGUGGUCAGAGUAGGUGGAGUGUCUCAGAGGAAGGAGCCCCUGGGAGCAGGGCCCCCACACGCCAUGGCGAGUGUGGUGGUGAAGACAAUCUGGCAGUCCAAAGAGAUCCAUGAGGCUGGGGACCCCCCUGCGGGGGUCGAGAGCCACUCCCAGCUGGUUCCUGAGACUCCUGGGGGGGUGACCAGCCCAGCCAAGGGGAAUGCGAAGAAAAAGAAGGCUGUGUCAUUCCACGGGGUGGAACCUCGGAUGUCCCAUGAGCCAAUGCACUGGUGCCUGAACCUCAAACGGUCCUCGGCCUGCACCAACGUGUCCCUGCUCAACCUGGCUGCCAUGGAGCCCACCGACUCCUCGGGAACAGACUCUACCACAGACGACAGUGGCCUGCUGGCACUGCCUGUGCCCCCCACCUCCUCCACCCCACCCUGGGCUCCAGAUGACCCAGACAUCACAGAAAUACUGAGUGGGGUCAACAGUGGAUUGAUCCGUGCCAAAGACUCCAUCACCAGCUUGAAGGAAAAGACCACCCGGGUUAAUCAGCACGUGCAGACACUGCAGAGUGAGUGUUCUGUGCUGAGCGAGAAUUUAGAAAGAAGGCGGCAAGAGGCGGAAGAACUGGAAGGGUACUGUACUCAACUCAAGGAGAACUGCCGGAAGGUGACCCGGUCAGUGGAAGAUGCUGAAAUAAAAACCAACGUCCUGAAGCAGAACUCGGCCCUGCUGGAGGAGAAGCUGCGCUACCUCCAACAGCAGCUGCAGGAUGAGACACCACGGAGGCAGGAGGCCGAGCUGCACAUGCUGGAACAGAAGCUGGAGGAGGGUCUCUCCAAGCAAGAUUCUGGUCCUGGCCCCACCGCCCAGCCCCCAGGCUGUCCUGAUCCACCAGGAAGCCCCAAUGAACCCCCACGAUCACGCCUGGCCAUAGGCGGCCGGGGAAUAGGGUCCCGGGCAGGGGAAAGCCCCAUCCUGAGCGAGCAGGAGUUACAGAAGGUCUCUACCGGCCUUGAGGAGCUGAGGAGGGAGGUGUCCUCGCUGACUGCUCGGUGGCAUCAGGAGGAGGGGGCCGUGCAGGAGGUCCUGCGGCUGCUCGGGGGCCUGGGCGGCAGGCUCGACGGCUUCCUAGGCCAGUGGGAGCGAGCACAGCGAGAGCAGGCGCAGACGGCACGGGGCCUGCAGGAGCUGCGGGGUCGAACAGACGAGCUGUGCACCAUGGUGGAGCGGUCAGCGGUGUCUGUGGCUUCACUGAGGAGUGAGCUGGAGGGGCUGGGCCCAGUGAAACCGAUUCUGGAGGAGCUGGGGCGGCAAUUUCAGAGCUCUCGAAGAGGGUCUGACCUCUCCAUGAACUUGGAUCGGAUCCCCCAAGGUUCCUGUGCCCGCUGUGCCAGCCAGGGGCAGCAGUUGUCCACGGAGUCCCUGCAGCAGCUGCUGGAACGAGCGUUGACCCCGCUAGUAGACGAGGUGAAGCAGAGGGGCCUGGCUCCUGCCUGCCCCAGCUGCCAGAGGCUACACAAGAUGAUUCUGGAGCUGGAGCGCCAGGCCUUGGCCAAACAUGUCAGGGCAGAGGCCCUGAGCUCCACCCUUCGGAUGGCCCAAGACGAAGCCUUGCGGGCCAAGAACCUGCUGCUGACGGAAAAGAUGAAGCCGGAGGAGAAGGUGGCCGCUGUGGACUAUCUACACUUGAAGAUGUGCUCCAUCCACGAUCAACUCAGCAACCUGCCACUUGAGGGGGGAGGAAGCAGUGGGGGAACUCCCCCAAAACGUGGGGGCCCAACCCAUGAGCAAUAAAUGGCCCCUCAUGCUGGCAUGAA